GGCCGGCCGGGGGCGGGGCAGCUGGCGGGUCGGCGCGGGCCCAGCCGUGCGUGCUCACGUGACGGGUCCGCGAGGCCCAGCUCGCGCAGUAGUCCGGGCGAGCGAAGAUGGCGGCCGAGAGGGAACCUCCUCCGCUGGGGGACGGGAAGCCCACCGACUUUGAGGAUCUGGAGGACGGAGAGGACCUGUUCACCAGCACUGUCUCCACCCUAGAGUCAAGUCCGUCAUCUCCAGAACCAGCUAGUCUUCCUGCAGAAGAUAUUAGUGCAAACUCCAAUGGCCCAAAACCCACAGAAGUUGGAUUAGAUGAUGACAGAGAAGAUCUUUUUGCAGAAGCCACAGAAGAAGUUUCUUUGGACAGCCCUGAAAGGGAACCUAUCCUAUCCUCGGAACCUUCUCCUGCAGUCACACCUGUCACUCCUACGACACUAAUUGCUCCUAGAAUUGAAUCAAAGAGUAUGUCUGCUCCCGUGAUCUUUGAUAGAUCCAGGGAAGAGAUUGAAGAAGAAGCAAAUGGGGAUAUUUUUGACAUAGAAAUUGGUGUAUCAGAUCCAGAGAAAGUUGGUGAUGGCAUGAAUGCCUAUAUGGCAUAUAGAGUAACAACAAAGACAUCUCUUUCCAUGUUCAGUAAGAGUGAAUUUUCAGUGAAAAGAAGAUUCAGUGACUUUCUUGGUUUGCACAGCAAAUUAGCAAGCAAGUAUUUACAUGUUGGUUAUAUUGUGCCACCAGCUCCAGAAAAGAGUAUAGUAGGGAUGACCAAGGUCAAAGUGGGUAAAGAAGACUCAUCAUCCACUGAGUUUGUAGAAAAACGGAGAGCAGCUCUUGAAAGGUAUCUUCAAAGAACAGUAAAACAUCCAACUUUACUACAGGAUCCUGAUUUAAGGCAGUUCUUGGAAAGUUCAGAGCUGCCUAGAGCAGUUAAUACACAGGCUCUGAGUGGAGCAGGAAUAUUGAGGAUGGUGAACAAGGCUGCCGACGCUGUCAACAAAAUGACAAUCAAGAUGAAUGAAUCGGAUGCAUGGUUUGAAGAAAAGCAGCAGCAAUUUGAGAAUCUGGAUCAGCAACUUAGGAAACUUCAUGCCAGUGUUGAAGCCUUGGUCUGUCAUAGAAAAGAACUUUCAGCCAACACAGCUGCCUUUGCUAAAAGUGCUGCCAUGUUAGGUAAUUCUGAGGAUCAUACUGCUUUAUCUAGAGCUUUGUCUCAGCUUGCAGAGGUUGAGGAGAAGAUAGACCAGUUACAUCAAGAACAAGCUUUUGCUGAUUUUUAUAUGUUUUCAGAACUACUUAGUGACUACAUUCGACUUAUUGCUGCAGUGAAAGGUGUGUUUGACCAUCGAAUGAAGUGCUGGCAGAAAUGGGAAGAUGCUCAAAUUACUUUGCUCAAAAAACGUGAAGCUGAAGCAAAAAUGAUGGUUGCUAACAAACCAGAUAAAAUACAGCAAGCUAAAAAUGAAAUCAGAGAGGAAAUUGAAGAGUGGGAGGCGAAAGUGCAACAAGGGGAAAGAGAUUUUGAACAGAUAUCUAAAACGAUUCGAAAAGAAGUGGGAAGAUUUGAGAAAGAACGAGUGAAGGAUUUUAAAACCGUUAUCAUCAAGUACUUAGAAUCACUAGUUCAAACACAACAACAGCUGAUAAAAUACUGGGAAGCAUUCCUACCUGAAGCCAAAGCCAUUGCCUAGCAAUAAGAUUAUUGCUGUUAAGAAGACUGUCGAUGUUGUUCCAGUUAUGUUGAAUUCCACAGUGAAAUCAUUUAAAACCAUCUAAAUAAACCACUAUAUAUUUUAUGAAUUACAUGUGGUUUUAUAUAUAUAUAUACACACACAUACACACACACACUCCGACAUUUUAUUACAAGCUGCAUGUCCUGACCCUCUUUGAAUUAAGUGGACUGUGGCAUGACAUUCUGCAAUACUUUGCUGAAUUGAACACUAUUGUGUCUUAAAUACUUGCACUAAAUAGUGCACUGCAAGACCAGAAAAUUUUACAAUAUUUUUUUCUUUACAAUAUGUUCUGUAGUAUGUUUACCCUCUUUAUGAAGUGAAUUAUCAAUGCUUUGAAUAAUGUUCACUUAUACAUUCCUGUACAGAAAUUAUGAUUUUGUGAUUACAGUAAUAAAAUGAUAUUCCUUGUGA